AUGGUAGGCACCUCCGCUUCUCAUUGGGCUCAUGCUGCCCUCGACCCGGCCACCCAUCUUCUCCCCGCCAUCCGUUCGUUCUACCCGGCGUUCACCGCCUACUUCCGAAACACCAAGACGCUCACCAAUCUCGCCACGUACAAGGCCUACUAUGCUGAUGCCGACCCCUUCCACUCGGCUAUGGCCUUCUGCGCCGCCGUCAGCUUCUACGUCUGGAUCAUGGAAAAGAUCACUGGCAACGCUUCCCAGGUCGAUGGCCUUUGGACCUUCCUGCCGCUCAUCUACUCGGUGCAUUUUACCGUUCACAAGUACUUCACCUACCAGCCCGCCAAAAUCAGCCUCUUCCACGGUGUCCAGCACGCUUCCAUCUGGGACAAGCUCGAGCCUAGGUUGGCACUCAUGACUGCGCUCUCGCUCAUCUGGAGCGUCAGGCUCACCUACAACGCCUACCGAAGGGGGAUGUUCAAGCUUGGCGAGGAAGACUACCGAUGGCCACUGCUGCGAAAGACCAUGUCGCGCCCCGUUUGGGAGAUCUUCUCCAUCUUCUUCAUUGCCAUUGCCCAGAAUAUCCUGCUCGCCAUUACCGCUCUCCCCAACUACCUGCUGCUCACCACCACCUCGGUCAAGCACGUCACCGAGCCCGUUCCGCGUCCCGUCAACAAGCUCAUCCUCGGCGACUAUGUGCUGGCUGCGCUGUUUGUGCUCAACCUCACCAUCCAGUUCUACGCUGAUCAGCAGCAGUGGAACUACCAGAACUACAAGCGAGGCAAGAACCCGCAGGAAAAGCCACUGCCCAACGCCAUGGUCGACCCCGUGACCAAGCUCCCGCUUCAGAGGCAGAAUGUCACACCUCACUCGACCCCGGAGGAUGCUCAGCGUGGCUUUGUCACCAAGGGUCUUUGGGCCUGGAGUCGACACCCCAACUUUGCUUGCGAGCAAAACACCUGGUGGAUCCUUUACGCCUUUGUGCCUCUCACCUUCCUGCCUACCGAUCUGGAUUUCACCAAAGCCCAUUGGUCGCACUUCCUCAACUACGCCAUCCUCUCGCCCCUGGCUAUGAAUGCGCUCUUCUUGGCCAGCACCCGAUACUCGGAGCAGGUCUCGGCGGAGAAAUACCCCGAGUACGAGGACUACCAGAAACGCGUGGGUAUGUUUUUGCCCAUCGACACGCUGCUGAGGAGCAUCUACUACAAGGUCUUCGCCAGCAAGGAGACCAAGCACCGCGUCGAGGCUAACGUGUGGGGCAAGAGUCAGAUCAACAAGAAGAAGAGCCAGUGA